CGGACUGAAAGUUUGCUGUAGGCGGACCGGACGCGGCCUGCCCUCCGCUAGCCCGUUAGCUACACCCACAGAGAGCCCUGGUAUAACAGGGGAGACACGGGCGAGCCGCCUUUGUGUCGCUGUCGGCCAGACACUGCCGCGCACUGGCUAUUUGUUUCAUGCGCCCUCAGCAGCGUCGUUCUGGGUGCUGCGCCGUCGUCAUUAUGACGGUCACGAGCUAGCGGCGCUCCUGCUGCUGCACACACCAGACCCCACGACACCGCGCUCCUCCGACUGUCGGCUCCCGGGCCGAAGCGCGCUAGCCGAACGCGGGCGGUGGAGAGGCGGGGAUGGCGGCGGCGCUGCUGUCCGAGACCGAGAUCAGACAGCGCUCCAUGGCCGAGGAAGACCCGAACGGGAACGAGCACGGAGCGGCCGCGCGGAGUACCGCGCCGCGCUGGGGACCGCAGCACGCGGGGGCCCGACAGCUAGCAGGGCUGUAUUCUGAGGGCAAGCGGCUGCAGGAAUGGAUCAGCGUGGUCCUGUGCGCCUCUCUCUUUGCCGUCAACUUCUUCUUCCUGCUGGUGAACUUCUCCGCCGCGGACAUCUACCAGAUCGUCUUCGGCAUCGUUGCCGGGAUCGUGACGGCGGACUUCGCCUCCGGCAUCGUGCACUGGGGCGCAGACACCUGGGGCUCCGUGGACAUACCUGUCAUUGGGAAGGCGUUCAUCCGGCCGUUCCGCGAGCACCACAUCGACCCCACGGCCAUCACCCGGCACGACUUCAUCGAGACCAACGGGGACAACUGCCUCAUCACCAUCCUGCCUCUGGCUCACAUGGCCUACAAGUUCCUGUCCUACCCUCCAGAGGCCCUGAAGGAGUCGCACCCCUGGAACUGCUUUGUGUUCGCGCUCGCCGUCUUCGUCACCAUGACCAACCAGAUCCACAAGUGGUCGCAUUCGUACUUCGGGCUGCCACGCUGGGUCACGCUGCUGCAGGACUGCCACCUGGUGCUGCCCCGGAAGCACCACCGCAUCCACCACGUGUCCCCGCACGAGACCUACUACUGCAUCACCACAGGAUGGCUGAACUACCCUCUGGACUAUGUGGGCUUCUGGAGGAAGAUGGAGUGGCUGAUUGAGAGCACGACAGGCCUGAAGCCUCGUAGCGACGACCUGGCGUGGGCCAAGAAAACGGACUGAGCUUCCUCCCUUUGCGCGGGCACAGCAAGCUGUGGGUGCUGCCAGGAGGGAGGCGGCAGAAUGCAGGAGAGGCGCGGCACAGCUGGACAUGGCCCUCCUCUCCUCUCCUCUCCUCUCCUCUCCUCUCCUCUCCUCUCCUGUUCUCCCUACGCUCGGCCCUUAGCAGCCAACAGAUUGCUUUUCGCCGCAUUCCUCACCUUUGCUGCUUCCGUCUUCCAUAAAAGACGCGUCCCCUGUCGAUUCAUUUCUUCAUCUUCACCGAUCGAAUGUUUGGUGUCAAACAUGCUGGAGAGAGGAAGUUUGAACAGAACGGGAUUGUUGACAGGAUUGAGGCCGGGGCUGUCGCUGUAAGGCGGAAAAGAGAGUGGGCGCUUUCUUAGUCGGCUGCUGGUUGCCGUUUUCGCUCCUCUUGUCCCGGCCGAAACGGGAGGUCGAAAUCCGGGUAGAGCGGAGAGCGUGGGACGGCGAGCUUUGAGAUUUCGCUUUAAAAUGAUUUGAAGCGAGGUGUUUACGACCGCAGUCCCACCAGCACGAUUCUCCUUACCGUCAGCGGGCGGCGGCUUCCUGCGUGGACCGCUUAGCCCGGAGCGCGUUCGUCUGCCGGACGGCUGCGGGCGUCUCGUCUCUGCGUUGAGGCGUAGCGCGCCGAGCUGUGCGUCUUUCUCCUGCUGUGCGCUAAGUGGUUUUCGCUAAUUGUUAAAUAAAUUAAAUGAGAGACGAGCGCGGAAAGGCUUUCGGCCGGCAGGGGCGUCUCCUGGCCGCGGCGACGCUCCGGGUACCGCCGGUACGGAGUCGGUGAGGGUUGGAGUCGCAGGUUUGAGUGGAGAAGGCGUGGUGCGGCUAGGUCUCCGCAAACUUAUUUUACCUUCCCUCUUCUCACAGCUUCAGCCUCUUGCGUCUCACUCUUAUAUAUAUACACACACACACACACACACACACACACAUUCUUAAAGGGCUGAUGAUCUGUCUCCACAUCUUGCCAUUGGCUUUGCUCUCGCUCUUCCGCCAACUCCGAUCGCAGGGCACAUUUCACACGUUGCAAAGUCCAUCUUCUGUUUGUGUUUUCCUUUCAAGCAGCAGAAGCUGCACUGUUGGAUUUUUUUUUUUUUUGUCUAUAAUUUUCUAUUCUGUUCUUUAGGGAUGGUGAACGAUGCGCUUUUCUAUUGAUUCUUACUUUCAAUCUUGCAGCCGAUGUUUGCUGCUGG